AGUUUAUUUAUUCAGCAUAAGUGAGUGAUUUAUGUAGUUUUAUUAAAAAUAUCUUAUUUAAUAAAGAAUAGCAGCAAACAAGAACGUAAGUUUUGUCAUCCAUAAUGUUGACGCGUAGUCCAUGACAAGAUUGCAAUGAAUGCUAUUAUAAAAACUGUUCUAUUAAUUAUUUAUUAAGAUACUUGUUUAGUCUAGUAAUUAAACACCACUGGUAUUUGCUUGGUUUUAUGUACUUAUACCAGUGGUAAUGGAAUGGAGUACUGCACGGAAUAUAGGUAUAUACGGAGUAUAAACCACAACAUCGUUCCAUGCAUAAAUUAUAACCCAAUGUUAAAUAUUCAUGAAUGUUUACGACGAGCAAAACGAUAAGAAUUUGCAUAUUUGUGAUUUGAUGUCUUUCAACUGAUUAUUUAAAGCGUGCGUUAUUAAUAUUGGAUUAAUAACAAUAAUGAAGUAAAACCGAACAUGACUCUGAAAUACAGCAUAAAAUAGUGAACGUUUAAGACUACGUCCUGCAAGAUUUCCUGACAGUAAGUUAAUGGACCUACAAGAUUUUAAAUAUGUAAUUGGUGCUACGUGCAAUGCAAGUGCACUUGUAUGGAUUGUGACAUCAUACUCAGGUGAUCCUACAACCAGAAGUGCUCUUCGUCGAGCUUAUCCAAAUGAUGAAUUACAAAAACUUGGAAUUCAUAGGGUAUUUCUACUGGGAAUGUUAAAUGGCGAAGCAAGCCGCAAAACUCAUGUAACCCAAGAUUCAAUAUAUGACGAAUCAUUGAAAUUCAAAGACAUCGUCCAAGGAAACUUUCAAGAAGCAUAUAGAAAUUUAACUUAUAAACAUUUGAUGGGUCUCAGGUGGGCUGUGAAUACUUGCCAUCAUGCAAAUUAUAUAAUGAAGAUGGACGACGACAUUGUUGUCAACCUCUAUGACAUACUAAAUAUACUCCAAACUCGUGGAACUAUUGAAAAUACUUUAAUGGGGUAUGUUUUAAAUAAUAUGCUUCCUAUUCGUGAACCAGCAAACAAGUGGUUUGUCACACAGGAAGAAUUCGCUCUCAAUGUGUAUCCAGAAUUUCUUUCUGGUUGGUUAUACAUAACUAGUUCUAAAAUAGCUGAAAAGUUAGUUAGUUAUGCACAGGUAUAUCCAAAAUAUUUUUGGAUUGAUGAUCUUUUUAUCACAGGUAUUUUAAGGAAUGAUCUUAAGAUAGGAUUCCAAAGUAUUCGUAAAUUUUAUGCGACUGACUAUCGGUAUCUUAAAUGUUGCAUUAAAGGGAAGGAAAAACGUUUAAAGUGUGAAUUUGCAAUAGGGCCGAAUGGUGGAAAUGCCGAACUCCAAGUAGAGUUUAAAGAUUUUGCUCAAUUCUGUCGAACCAAUUGUUCACCACGGACAGAAGAAUUCUCUGUAAACAACACGUGCAUCGUAGCACAUGAAGAACCAAAUUGGGUCAAAGGUAGAGCUCUGAUUGAGCCAGUAAGAAUGUUAUGAUAAAGAAGAUACAAAGAUCAAAAAUCAUUUACGAUCUGAAUUAUACCAUCCCUGCCAUAUUCAUGAAGAGAUUACUUAAUAAGAUUGUUAAUAUUAUAGUGCAUUUAUACACAUAGAUAUCUACAUAUAUUAAAUAUUUCUCUAUAUUUUGUAAAACAAU